GGCAGACAGAGAAAGCCAUUCAGCCCGUCUGCUCUCCUGAAGCUGGUGGUCCGUGGUUGGAGCUGCCUCCUCGGUCGGACCCAGAAGAAGCACAUGGACGGAUGUAGGAGCUGUUCAGCGGCGGUACACAGUCAGAGGGAGCCGUAAGGGCGUCGGGCAGACCGCGCGGAGGCGGCGGCGGUGGUGGGGGUUAGCGCUGGAGGACCACCGGGGUCGGGGGAGCGAGCGGUCUGAUGCUGCAGAAAAUUCGCCAUUGUUCGGAUGUGCGCGGCGCGGGGAAUCGAGCAGCAGCAGCAGCAGCAGCAGCAGAGGAACAGCGUUUGGACGCAGAGCGGAGCGAGGAUGACUGCAGCACCGACUCAUGCCCUCCUUCUCCUCCUCCUCCUCAGCAUCCAGAUCGUGACUCCCUUUCAGGUUACACUACAGGAUGAGCAGUACAUCUCUAUGACGCUGGAACCCUCAGAUCUGAGGGAAAACUUUACUGCAUAUGCUGCAAAAAUAUCUGGAGAGCCGCACAACCACAUCCUGCCCUUUCAGAGUGCCAACAACAGCCAGCUGGCCCCAGCAACCCUCCUUUAUAAUGCGUCCUACCAUGGGCUCUGCUACACCAUCAGCCUCCUAAUAGGCAACGGCGUCACCUGGUCCAAACCAGCCAAAACUGUGGCUCUGCUCACAAAGCCUCUUGCAGUGGAGAGUGUGCAGAUUUCAGACUACCCGGCCGCUCCAGAGACUGGAGUAGUGUUUGAGCUCAGCUCCCCUGAUAGAAACACCUUCAGCAGAGUGAACAUCAGCUACUCAGAGGGCCGGGAGCCACGCUCUAUGCUCUACAAAGAUUUCUCAAAGGGAAAAACAGUAUUCAAGCACUGGCUGCCUGGAACGUGCUACAGCAACAUCACAUUCCAGCUGAUCUCAGAAGCUACAGUCAACAAAAGCACCCUGGUGAAGAAGAGUGACGUGAGACAUGAGGCGCGACACCACAGGACAGUACCGAACCCUCCUCUCAACGUGUCUCUGAAGAUUGUUCAUCUCAGCGGAAGAGGCUUCCAUGAAACCAAGAAGAAGGUAACCCGCGAAGUCCCUCUUUCACGGAGAAUCCGCAACAUCCACCUGAUAGAGGAACAGGAACAUACGGACGUUCAGGGAGAAGACGAGGAUCCACAUCAGGGGGAGAGCACUAAAACAGUUACUCAGACACCUCUCAGUGUAAACAGCAGCUUAGCACAAACUCUGAGUACUGUUGAAUCCACAACGGCUGAAGAACUUGUUAACACUAACACCAGCAUCGUUACGGAAGAUGAGUACCCCACCAACGCCUCGUGGCCGACAGGAAGCGCCUCUCCUACCGACGAUGACUUUGUGAAUGCGGUAGUUACUGAAUAUGAAGACUCAAAUGAACCAGGCUCAGCCAUGGACCUCACCCCAGAGCCCAUGGUCAGACCUACAAAACUGCCCCCCAUUCUGCUAGAGCUCCGCUGGCUGCCCCCUCGCCCUCCCAGCGCAUUCGACGGAUUUAAUAUCUACGUCUACCGAGAUGGUAACUCAACAGAGACAGCCACAGUGGACGAAAACACUCAUGAAUUCUUUACUGAGAUGUCUGAGCCUGGAACUUACCGUGUGGUUGUUACUACUGUUAGCUCCUCAGGAGACUGCGAGCCCAGGGAGAGCGCUUCACACACAGGAUUCACCUUCUACCUCAGUCCUACAGGUGAGUGGCUGGAGCAGCCAACAGAGCGUCCGCAGGCAGUGAGUGUAAAGAUGUUAGGAACAAGCACCGCCUCUGUGUCCUGGGCUCCAUCCAUUCAGAGCCACAACGGCAGCCUGGUCUCAGUCGUGUCUCUGACCUGCCUCAAACCCAGCCUCAGCCAGCGCAUGGAGAACACCUACUGCUCUGAGGAAAACACCACAAGUGACAUCAUCACAAACCUUACCCCAGGUGCUCAAUACAGAGUGGUGGUAUAUCACACCAACGGACCUCUAAUUAGCCCUCCCUCUGAACCAGUUAUUAUUGAUAUAGAGCCAACAGGAGUGCGGGAUCUGGUGGUGUAUUCACUGAGUCCAACAACGGUCAUACUGAGUUGGCAGAGGCCGUACCACGUUGCCUUCCGCAAAUACGUGCUGCAGACUUUCUUCUUUAACUCGGCUACUCAAACUUCCCAGUGGACCACCUACUACGAGAUCACAGCUACUGCAUCUGUCAUCGCCUCUGUGAGAGUGACGGACCUGUUGCCUGCAUGGUACUACAAUUUCCGGGUGACCAUGGUAACCUGGGGUGACCCGCCACUCAGCUGCUGUGAUGGCUCCACAGUGAGCUUCAUUACUGCUCCUGAGUCCCCCCACAUCUCCUCAGUGGAUUACUCUCACGGGGUCUUGUACGUGCGCUGGACCUACGGGGACCUUUUCACUGACCUUUCUCACUCCAGAAUGCUCCACUGGCAGGUGGUGGCCGAGGGCAAGAAGGGCUCUAGGAGACGCUUCUCUACAGAUGUGACUCGUAACAUGAUGAAGGCCACGCUAGCCCUCCCUCCCGGCGACAUCUACAACCUGACAGUCACCGCAUGUACUGAGCGCAGCCGCAACACCUCCAUGCCCCACAUCAUGAAACUGGAUCCAGCACCCCCCAGGUCUCUGUACGCAGUCAACGCCACGCACUCUGCCGUCACCCUGCUCUGGACUGAGGAGGGAGUGGUGGACUUCUACCAGGUCAGCUGCAAACAACUAGGACCCAACAAACCUCUGAAGGCUGGCGAGCCACUGACAGCACUCACACACGUUUUGACUGUGGGUAACCUGCAACCCUCCACCUCCUACAACUGCAGUGUGACCAGUUACAGCUACAGCACACCCAGCGAGCCCACCUACAUCACCAUCUCCACCCUCGCCCGGGAGAUGAAUCCCAGUGUAGCUGCAAUCUCAGCACUGGCAGUGCUCAGUGUGCUGCUCAUCAGUCUGCUGGUGCUCUUCCUGCUGGUGCUGCGCAAGAAGCACAUGCAGAUGACCAGAGAGUGUGGAGCUGAAACGUUCGUCAACUUUGCCUCUUUCGAGCGGGAUGGCAAACUUCCCUACAACUGGCGAAGGAGCCUCUUUGCCUUCCUUACUCUUCUGCCAUCCUGCCUUUGGACUGACUAUCUUUUGGCUUUUUAUAUUAAUCCGUGGAGCAAGACUGCUCUAAAGAAAAGGAAGCUAACAAGCCCGGUGCAGUUAGAUGACUUUGAAGCCUACAUCAAAGACAUGAGCAAAGACUCUGCCUACAAGUUCUCCCUGCAGUUUGAGGAGUUGAAGAGUGUGGGGCUGGACCUUUCCCAUGAUGCAGCUGAUCUGCCAGUAAACAGACCCAAAAACCGCUAUACCAACAUUUUGCCAUAUGACUUCAGUCGAGUUAAGCUUAUCUCUAUGCACAAUGACGAAGGUUCAGACUACAUCAACGCCAACUAUAUCCCAGGCUAUAAGUCUCCUCGUGAGUACAUCGCCACGCAGGGGCCGCUCCCAGAGACACGCAACGAUUUCUGGAAGAUGGUGCUGCAGCAGAACUCACACGUCAUCGUCAUGUUGACUCAGUGCAACGAGCGCAGGAGGGUGAAGUGUGAUCACUACUGGCCGUUUACAGAUGAGCCCGUGUCAUAUGGGGAGAUCACAGUGGAGAUGCUGUCGGAGAGCGAGUCUCCUGAGUGGACCAUCAGGAACUUUCGGCUGGGAUAUGCAGAUGAGACGCAGGACGUUCUGCAUUUUAACUACACGUCUUGGCCUGACCACGGGGUCCCCACGGUGAACGCCAUUGAGAGCAUCCUGCAGUUUGUGCAGCUUGUCCGUCAGCAGGUCAACAGGACUAAAGGGCCAGUUAUAGUCCACUGCAGUGCUGGAGUGGGUCGGACGGGCACGUUCAUUGCUCUGGACCGUCUGAUGCAGCACAUUCGGGAGCAUGAGUACGCUGAUAUUUUGGGCAUGGUAUCAGAGAUGCGCUCCCAUCGACUCUCCAUGGUUCAAACAGAGGAGCAGUACGUCUUCAUUCAUCAGUGCGUCCUGCUUAUGUGGAAAAAGAAGAAACAGCAGAGUCUCACAAGUGAUGUGAUCUAUGAGAACGUCACCAAGUCCUAAUGAUGCCCACGACAAGCUGUGGCAAAGCACUUCACUCUCCUUUGCUUCAGACAUCUGUUCUCUGCUUAGAGGCCUACAACAACAACAAAAAAAACGAGAAGAAAACUGCAGCCAAGGAGAGAAAGACACCACCCAAGUUACCCCCAUUCUGUUGUUCGAAUUGGUAAAAGCAUGACAGAAGAAAACAUUUGCCUUAAGGAACCUACAUCACCGUCCGUCCACAAGCCAGGAUACUUUCUGCAACCCUGGUCGUGAAGAGAGAAAGUGACUGCAAAAUGUUCUAGUGGGAGCCAUGGAGGCGAGAGCAUGUUGAAGCACUGGCGCCCUCUAGUGGAGGCAAGAAAAAGAAACUUGGAUUAGUGUUAGAGUUUUUUGUUUGUUUUGUUAUUUUGUUUUAUUUUUAUUAUAUAUAUUUUUUUUUAUCUCAGGAGUUAUCUGUAUAACCCUGCCAGUGGACACGGCUGAGUGCGCAGCACAGUGAAGAGCAGGAGGACCAGGCGUUUGUCCAGGGGUUCAGUCUCCGAGUUUGUUCUAGGCUGUUGUAGAGUGUAAUUUCGUGUGCUCGUUUCACACACAUUGUAACCCGUACACAUGGAAUAGUGUUAGUAUUCAUUGCCUUGGUUUCUGCGGCUGCAGCAUGCUAAAAAGCGCUAAAGCCAGCUGCGUCGGACUCUUAACUGUCACACUGCCACUCCCUGCAGGGGAACAUUCCGUAUAAGUGAAGUGUGUAUGUGCAUCUGCGUGUGCGUGCGUUAUCUACUGCUGUAAAACUUUCUCCACACACACAAACUAUUCUUUGGUACUAGGGCCCACUGGAUAUAGGAUUUGUUGAGGUGACAAGGCACGGUUUAAACUGCCCACAUUCGGUACUGUAUGAUUUGCACUGUAUUCUCUGUACUGUACGCUAUGCGCUGCUACGCUGAUGCUCAGCUGUGUUACGCCACUGUGGAGAGUGAACUGAGCAGCAGCUUCUGUGCUCUUCGCAACAGCUCCUCCUACUGGCUGGACUGUUUCAUUGCGGAACAAGUUCAAGAACAAAACCCACGCUUAGAGGACUUUACCGCAUCAAAGCUGAGGGAACCCAAAGUGUCUGGAGUGUCCAGAACAGGAAUGUGCAUAUCAGUAUUCUCACACAUAAUCAACAGUAGCUGACUCGCAGACUGAAUGAUAAAACAACAUCAGUUUAAAAGGGAACUCCAAGACCUGUUGAGUUUGACUGGCUUAACCAACUGAUCAACUCGGACAAGAAACAUAUCUGUUCCAGGAGGGAUGCAUGAAGUGGGGUGUGUCCUUCAUGUGCGGAGGCUUGAAGGUGGUGAAGCUGUUUGAUAUUCAACUGUUAUCACCUGUAUUUGUGCUUACAACGUAUGAGGUGUGCAACAGCUGUAUUCGCAACUGUAUCAGCCAAUGUGAAACUAUCUGUAAUGGUCACGCAAGUCCGGUAUCCCGGUACAUCGUAUCUUCAAGCGUUUCUGUUUAAACUUGUGUCUGAGGUCUGAACAGCUGGACUUUGAGUGACUGGAAGUGUAAAUUCUCUGUUGUUAUAAACUGAAAAUGAGUUUAGAGCCCCAGUAUAGCACUACUGAUACUACAGACAGUCCUUAGAGUUCUUCUUCAGCUCUUCUUCAGAGUCUCAUGACUGUGAGCACACUCUAUACCACGAUACAGCACACUCUCUUAAAGGAAAAUUAUACCGUUUUUUCAAAUUCUCUGCACAGCUCCGUCAUCAAGAUGUAGAAAAAAGUAGUUGAGAGUGGUUUAAUAAACUCACCUUUAUUUACAGUGGUGGUUAUAGCAACCAAGAGCACAAUGUCUUUAACCCAAAAAUACAUCUAAAAAACGAAUGCAUUAAGUGGUGUUCAUUGAUGACAUUAAAGUCAAUACUGCAAUACUGUACAGCACAGUUACUCUCAGACCCACAGUGCAGCACUAAACAUUCAGACAUUUAACAAUUCAAUAAUAUGCACUAAAAAAUGGGAAAAAUAAAAAGGAAAAAGCACAAGAUACAGUAAAGUGUUGUAUCUUAAGAUCCCUGUUAGACAUAUAAGACAAAAAGACACUGAAGACAAGAAGAACAAUACAAUUAUUUGAAAGGUUAAAUCCCCCCAGUAUUGAGCUGUGCAGCAGUGGAACUGUGUUCUCUGGAAUGGGAGUUCAGCAAUCAGAUCGUCACAGCAGUGCUCCAAAAUCUAGUAGAAAAAGUUAGCAACAGCUCCUCCUACAGGAUAAUACAUUUGAGUUCAGAUUAAACCGAAACUACAGGCAAGGUAUAGGCAAUACUUCUGUCUAUAUAGUGUUGUCAUUUAAUUUACUAUCCAAACCCACCUGCACAUGUUUUUAUUUUUAUUUGUUUCGCUGACAGCUGUAUUAAAAAUGCAUGUAUUAGAGGUGAACGAUUAAUAUAUAUGAUAACAUGAUAAACUUGUAUGAUAAACAGUAUUAUUUGUGAUAUAUUGACAUGCAGACAAAAUCCAUCAAUAGUGCCAUAUUCCUAAAAAUAUAACCCUAAACCCACAUUAUAAUGUGCUGCACUUCACUUUAAUAAACGUUACUUAAUUAUAUUCUCAGUAAUAAAACAUACAGCUCAUCUGUUUUCAUUGGUCAUUGUCCAUGUAUAUAAUAUGCUCAGGAAAAUUAUAUUAUUAUUAUUAUAUUAUUAUAUAUAUUAUUCACCAUGAAAACAACACAAUAAUAUAAGAUGUGGUCACACUGCCCUCCUCUACCAUAAAUGGUGCUUGGUCUCAUUUGGAAACUUGGUCUCAGAACACGAUCUCUUUCAUUGAACUUUUUUACAUCACAAAAACCUAAAAUUAUUUAAACUUCUAUUUCUCCAUUCAAGAAGGCACUUCUUGACAUAAUGUCAAAAUAACUUAUAAUAGCAACAAAAAAAAAAAGUUAAAUUCUUCCACCCUCUGGUUCCUGUGACGAUCACUGUGAAUUUAUUACGACAAAGAAAACCACUCUUAAUACAUUUUCUUAAAGAUGAACAAUAGAUUACUGCAGAGAUUGUGAAAAUCUGUGGAAUUUCCCUUUAAAGACACAGUAUAGAUGUCUGCUGCAGUGUAAAAACUGAGGAUUCUAAUCACUGUAGGAUAUUAAUUGACAAUAACUUGAUUUUCAAGAAUCCCUUAGCUGUUUUCCAGUAUGGGGUAUAGAAUAGGGAACAAUGCAUGCUAUUGAACAAAAUCUAAAAUCUCACCCACACAUUAGACAUGCCUGUAUAAUCAGUUCAUUCAGACAGUAGCAGCAGAGUUCAUUUACAGAGCCUUUAAGAUAACAGCAUGUCCACCAUGUAGAAAAUAAGUGGAUCAAAUCCAGCUCUACAGUGUUAACAAAUUCAGCGUUAAAUACAGCAGCUUUUUCUAGGAUGAUCUGCCGAAUAGUAAAGUUAUUCACUGUAAAGAUUUCUCUCAGCAGCAAAUGACCGGAUCAAAUAUCCACUACUUUAGGAAGCUGUGCAGAUACUUGUGGAGAAUUUCUGAAUCGUCGUUUGAGAGUCACCUCACGUUUCCUGCUCGGAGAGCUGGCAUGUAGUGGAUCGGCCGAGACAGCUCUUCCCAGCACCAGCAGGCACAUUAUAGAAGAGAAGGAAAAUGGGCUUUUCUGCUCUUUUUUUGUUCUUUUUUUCUUUAUCGUAGUGUGCGUUGAGUUCAGACUUGCGUCCGGUUUGUCUUUGGUGCCAUUUUUUUGUGCAAUGUGUCACUUAAACUAGAGGGGCGAUCACUGAUCAUCUUCACAGAAGUUUUAUGUGUGAUUACUGGAAAUAAAACAAGAAAUGCAAAUGUUUAAA